AUGCUGUCUGGAGUAGUCUCACUAAUACGAAACUGUCUUGUGCUUGCCGUAGCCAGCCCAUUGAGACGGACCGAAAGGAUAGAUGUCUGAGCCUCAGUAUAGGCAAGGCUACGAGGAUCUUGCGCUUAUUGAUCGCCAACUGCAGGCAGGCAAGGGGGAUGAUGGCCAAAACACCAGUGUCGAGGGUGCUGUGAGCGUCAAUUGCGCAGUGCGGCCAGAGGAGGAGGAGGAGGAGGAGGUGGCGCUGCAGGAGGGUGUGUGA